ACACGGGAGGGCGUUUGGUUGGCGCCGUUUGUUCUGAUGGGAAAAAAGUUUUCUGCUGCUCGUCUGAUUUAACAACUUUUUUUCUCUCUCUCUGUCGACAACGAAAGGAAAGAUGCCGAAAACGAUUAGCGUCAGAGUCACCACAAUGGAUGCUGAACUGGAGUUCGCCAUUCAGCCCAAUACUACAGGAAAGCAGCUCUUUGACCAGGUUGUGAAGACCAUUGGACUCCGAGAGGUUUGGUACUUUGGACUCCAAUACCAGGAUACAAAGGGUUUCUCUACAUGGCUGAAGCUCAAUAAGAAGGUGACAGCCCAGGAUGUGAGGAAGGAAAGCCCGCUGCUGUUUAAGUUCCGUGCCAAGUUCUUCCCUGAGGAUGUUUCGGAGGAGUUAAUCCAGGAUGCCACACAGCGGCUGUUCUUCCUGCAGGUGAAGGAGGGAAUCUUGAAUGAUGACAUCUACUGCCCCCCGGAGACGGCGGUCCUCCUGGCCUCCUACGCGGUGCAGGCCAAGUACGCUGACUACAAUAAGGAAGUCAACACACCGGGCUACCUGAGUGGCGAACACCUGCUCCCUCAGAGAGUUCUGGAUCAACACAAGCUCAACAAGGAUCAGUGGGAGGAGAGGAUUCAAGUGUGGCAUGAGGAACACAAGGGCAUGAUGAGGGAGGAAUCCAUGAUGGAGUAUCUGAAAAUAGCUCAAGACCUUGAGAUGUAUGGAGUCAACUACUUCAACAUCAAGAAUAAGAAAGGGACAGAACUGUGGUUGGGAGUGGAUGCUUUGGGUCUCAACAUUUAUGAACAAAAUGACAAAAUGACGCCCAAAAUUGGAUUUCCUUGGAGUGAAAUUAGGAACAUUUCCUUCAAUGACAAGAAAUUUGUCAUUAAACCAAUUGACAAGAAAGCACCGGACUUUGUAUUCUACGCUCCGAGACUUCGCAUCAACAAGCGCAUCCUGGCUCUGUGCAUGGGCAACCAUGAGCUGUAUAUGCGCCGCCGCAAGCCUGACACCAUCGAAGUGCAGCAGAUGAAGGCUCAGGCUCGGGAGGAGAAGAAUCACAAAAAAAUGGAGAGAGCCCUGCUGGAGAAUGAAAAGAGGAAAAGAGAAGUUGCAGAGAAGGAGAAGGAAAAGAUUGAAAAGGAAAAGGAGGAAUUAAUGGAGAGAUUAAAGCAGAUCGAGGAGCAGACGAAAAAGGCUCAGCAAGAGCUGGAGGAGCAAACACAGAGAGCCCUGGAGUUGGAGCAGGAGAGAAAGCGAGCUCAGGAGGAGGCUGAACGCCUGGAGACCGACCUGAGGGGCGCUGAGGACGCCAAGAUUGCCCUGCUGCAGCAGUCAGAGAACCAGAUGAAGAACCAGGAGCACCUGGCCACAGAGUUGGCUGAGCUGACUUCAAAGAUUUCCCUGCUGGAGGAUGCAAAGAAGAAGAAGGAAGAGGAGGCCGUGCAGUGGCAACAGAAGGCCACCAUGGUGCAGGACGACCUGGAGAAGACCAAAGAAGAGCUGAAAAACAAAGUGCUGUCCGCUCACGUCCAGGAGCCGCUCAACGCAGAGAACGAGCACGACGAGAACGACGAGAGCAGCGCCGAGGCCAGCGCCGAGUUCACCGCUGCUGCCACGUACAAGGACCGCAGCGAAGAGGAGCGAAUGACCGAGGCUGAGAAGAACGAACGCCUGCAGAAACAUCUACUCGCUUUGAGCUCAGAGUUGGCCAACGCUCGGGACGAGACCAAGAAAACGGUGAACGACAUGAUCCAUGCGGAGAACAUGAAAGCAGGACGAGACAAGUACAAGACCCUCAGACAGAUCCGGUCAGGAAACACCAAACAGCGCAUCGAUGAGUUUGAAUGCAUGUGAUGUCCGCAUUCACUAUCGCCAGAGCCCACAGAGGUGGGCCAAUCUGCCUGGACUGCAGUCCUGCCUCACUCAAAGCUGUUUUCUCUGUACCCAAAUAAAUCAGAUCCACCACACGACAUGGCCGCGACAGCACAGCACAAUGUACAAAUAUGGAUCUGGAAAAUUCCAUUUGUUAUCAUUCCUAACUUCGAUUUUAGGCAAGUCACUGGUUGAAAAGGGACAUACUGUAUUUUAUUAGUACAGUCCUCACAAGGGGUUUAUGUAGCAUAUUAGUAAUGGGCUCACGCCUCGUUUCAUGACACAUCGAGCAAACACAAUUAAUUUCUUUAUGUAUUUCUUUUACAUUUUUAUGUCAUGAUUUCAAAAUAAAAGGACGAGAAACCAGUUCAAAUUUGGCACUGUUCAAAAACGGUGCCGUAGACGUAGUUCUGCUGUACACAUGCUCUCCGGGUUUUCCAGACAGGGCUAUUCCUCGCAUGAUGCAUUCCAGUAGAUUUAAAAGCAGUAGCGCUGUAAUCUUACAUACUUCUAGUAUGACUCUGACGUGUCUGAAGUUAAUGAAGCAGUAUUACUUUUUUUUUUUUUAAUUUAGUUUCUUUACUUUUCAGUUGACUGUAAUCAGAAUUGGCCUUCAUAUUUACAGUCCACUCACAAUGUGAUAUUAGAGGUCAUUUUCAUGUAGAACUUUUUGCAUUUGUCUUUAAGCCAGUGUGCAAAUACAAGACUUCAGUACAAAAAGAUAAAUGUCCUCUAAAAUCUGCAUAGAAAAAUCCUGAAUUGUAGACAAAAUGAGCUUGACAUGAAACAUGAUUGUGAUGCAUUACCCGCAGUUUGCCUUUUUCUCAUGCCUGAAGGUUCGUGUUACGAAGCACCCGACGCACAUCUGGUGUGUUUUUCAGAGCACUGUUACGUUACACUGAAGAAGUGAGGUUCAAAUUUUUACCCGAAUCUAAUUGAGAUGCGCAGAAAUUUUUUCGGAUGUCACUUUUUCAGAACUGAGUGCCGUAUGGAUCCCUCAAACUCUGUUCAAUUUCAACAAGUGGUGAGAAUAUUUGUAGUUGAUUUACUGUACUUUUAAUAGUUUCAUCCCUCUGCUUUUAUUGUUAAAUUCUGCUUAUCAGUGAGAAUGUCGUUUGAUUAUCAGCUUUUUUUUUCUCCAUUGAUAUAACCGAUACAGCACGAGGACUUACACUGUAAUUUGUCACAUGUCAAGUUGGCUUUUGUUGGUGAACAAAUGCCAAUAAAGUCAUCUGCAAAGGUGAAAGCUGAAACUCUUUUUUUUGUUUCUCCCUACAAAAUAGUAAAAUACUUCAAAUAAAAUGAUUUCAUUAGACAUGCACUGGAAAAUAGCAGUUUACCUUUAUAAAAAUGAGUCAAAACAGAGUGUCCUCGAGGGACGCUUUUUCCAACGCAUGCAUUUUUGAUAUACUGUAUGUAUUUAAUUACAUUUGUGUAUUUUGUAAUUGGGAUUUUUCAGAUGUGAUAAAAUUAUGUCAGGUGUACCGGAAAAGCAACACCUCUGAGGGUAUUUUUGUAUUAUAGAAAUGUAGAAAUACUUUUUUUGUUCAAAAGGAACAGCAUUUUUCAAGACAGUAUUUUAACUAACUAGACAGCUCACUACUGUUACAGUAAGCUGACGGAACAAGCAACACCCCGGAGGCUGUCGUCGGACCAGUGAAACACCGGACGCUGCGGGACAUUCCAUUUAUGUUCUAUUAUACUGACGAAGGCAGGUGGUAAUGCCAUGAAUGGAAAUGUGAAACCACGCCUCCCCUCCCAAAAGCAUUUGCCUAAAAAUGAACUAAACGUACUUCCUUGUGCCAUUGUUCCACUUUUCAUUUCGGCAUUGAGACAUGCGGAGGGUUUUGCUUGUUCAUAGGUUUUUAGAAAUUAGUGUUUGAAAGAUUUAUUUACACUAUUUUGCAAAAAAAACAAACAUGUAUUUUAGUGAUAAAUAUUUCUGAUUAUUUUAUUUUGAUGUCUUUUACUGAAGGACCAUUUGUAUCAAUAUGCAUUUUCAUAUACAGUAUUUGCCCAUUGCUGCGUAUAUACUUUGCCAUUAAAUAUAAAAACGUUGCCGUUAUGGAUUCCUUUUCUUGCCUUGGACAGUAACGUUUGUAUUGUUGCACAGUGUGUUCUACCCAAAGCAUCAUGCAAUUGCAGCCUAAUUUAAUCGUACAAAUUCAUUAAAAGAUGCUACUCAGUGUUUAGACAGAAAGGACUGAAACAUCAUUAAUAUUGGAAAAUGACAGACAGUGCCUUGCCCAGUUUAUUCAUCAGAUCUUGCUGCUUAAAGUCUUCCUUUCACCAAUAAAUAAAAGUUAGAUCAAAGCGC